AUGUUUGGAGGCCUGGGGCCUGGGGGCCUUGCAGCCCAGGGCAUGGCGGGACCCCUGCGAAGCCGGGUAGAAGAGCUGAAGCGGCCCUGGUGGCGGGAGACCUCGCCGCUGGUGCUGAAGCACAGUGAGGCAGCCCGGCUGGCAGCUGACGCCCUCCUGGAGCUGGGUGAGGCUGCCUACUUGCGGGUUAUCUCCGAAGAGCGGGAGCUGCCCUUCCUGAGCGCCCUGGAUGUGGACUAUAUGACUAGCCAUGUGCGAGGGGUACCUGAGCUCAACGAGGGCCAGGGACUAGAGACCUCAGGGCCUGACCGCCUCAGCUUGCUCUCAGAAGUCACAUCAGGCACGUACUUCCCCAUGGUCUCUGACGUGGACCCCCCAGAUCUGGACCUGGGCUGGCCAGAGGUUCCACAGGCCACAGGCUUCAGUCCCACUCAGGCUGUGGUCCACUUCCAGCGGGACAAGGCCAAGAACAUCAAGGACCUGCUGCGUUUCCUCUUCAGCCAGGCCCGCACGGUGGUGGCUGUGGUGAUGGAUGUCUUCACCGACAUGGAGCUCCUGUGUGACCUCAUGGAAGCUUCCAGCUGGCGUGGUGUCCCUGUCUAUCUGCUCCUGGCCCAGGAACACCUGAGGCACUUCCUGGAAAUGUGCUACAAGAUGGACCUCAAUGGGGGACACUUAUUGAAUAUGCGUGUGCGGAGCACGUAUGGAGACACAUACUGCAGCAAGGCGGGCCGCCGCUUCACAGGGCAGGCCCUGGAGAAGUUCAUCAUCAUCGACUGUGAACAGGUGGUAGCGGGCAGCUACAGCUUCACCUGGCUAUGCAGCCAGGCCCACACCAGCAUGGUGCUACAGCUGAGGGGCCGCAUCGUGGAAGACUUCGAUCGUGAGUUCCGCUGUCUGUAUGCCGAGUCUCGGCCUGUGGAGGGCUUCUGCAGUGGUGAGGAGCCACUGUCACCCAGGGCACCAUGCCCUCCCCAGGUGACCCUGACCUUCAGGCCUGGCAUCGCCAGCACCACCUCCUCCUCCCCCUCCAGCACCAGCCUCAGCAGUGUCAAGCGCUCUCCUCUCAUGGGCCGCUCCUCUUACCUUGCACUACCAGGAGGCUGCAGUGACACGGAUAUGGGGUCAUCAUCCCCAGGCCCUGUCCGCCGAGAGGCCAGCAGGCUGUCCUCGUUGCAACGCCAGCUGUCAGACCCUAAGCAUGGCUCCCCUCCUGGGUUCUACAGGGCCAACCUGGGCAAGUUAGGAGUGUCCCCUUGGUCUCAGUCCUCUCCUGCCCUCAACCAGCAGAGCACCAGCCCCCUGAACCUCGCAGCAGGCUCACCUCUGCUCUCCCGCCCACGUCCCCUUUUCCCCUUCACCCGUGGUGGCCCAGCCUUGUCCCGGCUCCCAGAGAAUGGGCUCCCAGGAAACCAGGAGCCAAGCCCUCCACGAGGUCGCCGAGUCCCUGGCCCAGCCCUGGAGACAGUGGAUGAGAAGGCAUGUCUGAGUCAGGGCCAUGGCCAGCUGGACCUCCUGGUCCCCUUCUCCAAAGGCCCAGAGGCAAGAGGCUCCGACUCAGGGGUUACCCCCAGCUCCGGCUCCCUUCGGCCUGGCAAGCAGGCCUCAGAGGACAGGAGAUUUUCCCCAAGCCAGAGCUAUAGCCAGUUGGAUCUUCUGUCCCAGGCCCAGGGUGCUGGGAGCACCCCUGAGUCAGGCUCCCUCAGAAUUGGUGACCGAGUGUCAGAGGACAAAAGGCUGUCCCCAAACCACAGCCAAUUGGACCUCCUGGCACAGUUCUCCAAGGCCCGGGGUACCAAAGUGGUCCCCGAGGUCAGCUCCCCAGCUCAACCCAGCAAGCAGGGCUCAGAUGAGCGGCGGCAGACUCUGGGCCAUAGCCAGCUGGACCUCAUCACGAAGUUUGGCCCAUUCCGGGGUGAGGGACCUGGGCCCAAUGGUCUCCCGAGUCCGAGCCCUGCCCUCAAGACCAGAGUGGGCUCUGGGGAGGAGAAGCGGCUGACACUGGGCCACAGCAAGCUGGACCUCAUCACCAAGUAUCACAAGCUGCAAGGUGCCAGGCAGAGGCCCCAGCCUGGCCUGCCUGUGAGCUCCACAGGUGGCCAUCGUAAUGGUGGCAACAAUGACCUGUACGGGGAGGAAAAACGCAUGACCCUGGGCCACAGCAAACUGGACCUUAUCACCAAGUACAACAAGUUCAACUUCAAGUUGCUCCGAAGCCGCUUUGAUUCCUAG